AUGGGAAAUGGAGUUUUUCUGGACAACUGCAAGUUUCUGUUUGAAAAGGACGUUGAGACCUUCGUGUACUACGCAAAGUAUUUCUCCAAUCGGACCAAUUUAAAGCCGAUUUGGUUUAUCAGCACGGAUUCUGUGAAUGUGAAGCAGAUGUUUUCUCAACGGUUUCCCGACGUUUCGUUCAGUGUGAAGGAUCUGCCCAUGAAGCACACCAUGGCGUCGUCCUAUCGCAACGACGAUCCUGCGACCCAGCGCGCGAUUCUGGACAACUACUUGCUCUCCCGGUCCGACGUGUUGCUCACGACCGGGUGGAGCAGUUUUGGGAAGAUGGCGGCGGGGCGGAUGAGCGUGGGACGGACGAUUCUGAUUACUCGGAACGAUCCGAUCCGCAAUCCCCCUCCCCUGGUAGUUUUUAAUCGCACGCUCUUUUGCUCUGUUUGUAACAAACACGCAGCUGGGCUAGGAAAAGAGGCUGUUGAGGAACGACUCCAUCUGGACGGUUUCGGCUCGCUUGGCGGAGGGCUGGGCGAGGGAAGGAGGGCGCUUGCGAUCGUCCGCUUUCGCUUUGGGCGGUGGAGGAGCGCUGGGUGUGGCGUCUUCCCAGGAGAUGAAGGCGAGCAGGUCCUGCGAUUCAUCGUUGGAGGGGAGUUUGGGCGCAUUGGAAGGGCUUUGAAAGGUGUGGGUGAAAUAGGGACUCGUUUUCUGUGA